AUGACAUCAUCAUGCUUAAUACUUGUCGUUCCUAUUCAUUUAGUCAACAAACGAUGCUUCAAUUCCCAGCUACUUAACUUCAAUCAUUUCACAAAGGGUUCUAAUUCCAACCCCACUUUCCUUUUCCCAUCAAUCAUGAACCCAUUCAUGUUCCUGUUUCCAUUCCUGUUUUUCACUCACGAAUCCAUCGCUCAACAAACGUACUCCGGAAACACAGUUAUGGAUUGCGACAAUUCCGACAAAACAGGACCUUUCCCUUCAUUCCUCUACACCUGCAACGGAAUACAAUCGUGUUCCACCUUCUUAAUCUUCAGAACUCAACCACUUUACGACACCGUUUUCACCAUCUCCAAGCUCAUGUCAAUCGACCAUAUGGAUGUUGCUCGGAUCAACGGAAUCACCGAUUCCAAUGACAUCUUGCCUCUAAACAAAGAGCUAAUCAUUCCGGUAACGUGUUCUUGUUAUGAUCAAUACUAUCAGGCUAAUACAUCUUUUGUUAUUCCCACUUUUUAUGACACGUAUUUCACUAUCGCAAAUCUUACAUUCCAAGGUUUAACCACAUGUGAUUCCCUCGAAAAAUAUAAUGUUUAUGAUCGACUUGAUUUGCAUGCUGGUGACAAGCUUCAUGUCCCGCUUAGAUGUGCGUGUCCUACGGUUAGUCAAACCAACGACGGAAUCAGGUUUCUGUUGACUUAUUUGAUUACUUGGAAAGAUUCGAUCAAGAAAAUUAGUAAGAGGUUUAAUGUAAGUGUUCAUGAUUUAGUUUUGGAAAACGGGUUUUCUUCUGUUGAAGAGAUUUUUCCUUUUACUACCCUUCUUGUUCCUCUAUCUACCGAACCUUUGAAUUCUCAAACAAGAACACUCGGCCGGAAUCGGAAUUGGAAUCUUUCAAAGAAAGCAAUCAUAGCUGGGGUGUUAUCAGGUGGUUUCUUAGCGAUUCUUUGUGGUGUUUUUGUGAUAUAUUUAAUAUCGAAAAGAGAAGUGAAUAAGGGUAAAACCGUAAAAUGGGCGUUGCCUAAAGAUAUUCAACUUGGUAUUGCUAGUGUCGAUCAACUUUUUAAAAUCUACAGAUUUGAAGAAUUAGAGGAGGCCACGGACGGAUUUACCCUCGAACACAGAUUGAGUGCUUCGGUUUAUAAAGGGAGUUUAAAGGGUAGAAAAGUCGCGAUUAAACAGAUGGGAUCACACGCGAAUAAAGAGGUGAAAAUUCUUCAAAAAUUUAAUCAUUUCAAUCUUAUUGGUCUUUAUGGAGUUUGUGAACAUGAUAAAGCUAGUUACCUUGUUUAUGAGUUCAUGGAAAAUGGUUCUUUAAACAAAUGGCUUCAAGAUUUGAAUUGUCAAGAAAGUCAAACAUGGAAUAAUCGUAUUCGUAUUGGUUUAGAUGUUGCUAAAGUAAUAUACUACUUACUAAGGAUCUACGUGCCAAGAUUUUCUAAAUUUGGUCUUGCAAAGUCAACGGAGAAGGGCGAUAACGUAAAUUCAUCUAUAAAAUGUCGGUUUGAGUCAAAGGGUUACCUUGCACCGGAGUAUUUAGAGGCGGGAUUUGUGACAACCAAGACUGAUGUCUAUGCAUUUGGAGUUGUUCUUUUGGAGUUGAUAACCGGAAAGAAAGUUGUGUAUGAAAAUGAUGAUGAUGGAGAAGAAGUGAUGCUGUCUGAAGAAGUUGCUUCGAUCAUGGGUGAUGAAAAGAAUGGGAAAGGAAAGGUUAAUUAA